CAGGCUUUCGCUGUUUCCGUCUCUGUCUCUGAAAAGUCUGGAGAGGGGGAAGUCAAUUGGAUUGCGUUGCUACGCGACGAGUCAACAAACAGACGCGGAGGCUGUAGACAGACGCAGAGAUGUCGUCCAGUUAUUCGGCAAACCAGUAUGACAGCGCCUUCAAGUCGCAGAGGCUGCAGAACUGGUGCGAGACGAAGCACUUCAAAGAAAGACCCAGUGCACAGAGCGGUCGAACCACUUUCAUUGCCAAUGACAGAGGACAUCUGCUCCCAGGAAUGGUGAAGAGCAAACUCCCCCUACUGGUUGAAACUCGGGUAUUGCAGCUGAUCUGGAGGCAGAGAGGAAGUGCAUGGCCAGACUUUAAGGGGACCUGGGAUCUACCUGCUCGUAUACCAGCCCACCACAUCAACCCCACAAGCCGCUCUGUGGAGGGUCUCAAAAGGCUGACGUCAUGGGGCUUUGACCCACAGCACACUGGCAAGUCUCGGCCACACAGUGGCAGCAGAAACACAGAGAGGCUGCUGGAUGUUGGCGAGCAGACCAAUAGAGAUGUACAUCAUGACGGUGCUGCACCGUCCUCUGCAGCUGAAGCCCGACCAGCAUUUAAGGACCCUCCUGUUGCUGGAGGCGAGAGAACUGCCAGCCAAAACUCAAAGGACUCGCAGGCAGAUGUGCCUGGACCUGCUAGUCAGCCUGCUGAACAAGUUACACAGGCUGCUGCGAAAGACAGGCCACUGAGCCAGUUCUCGGCAGCUGAGGGGAAGACAGCUGUAGGGCCUGCUUCUGGAGAGGGAACCAAUAGCAGGUCCAGUACUGGCAGGGGGAGACCAGGGAGUAAUGUGUCAGAGAAAGUAGCCAGCCAAGAAGCACCAUCAUCCUCCAAGCAAAGACACAGGGAUGCACAGCAAGACCAAUGAACGUCUUUAUUUAAUUCUCAGUGGAUGAAAAAAUACAGACAAAAAUAAAUGCCCAUUAACUGUCCCAGUUUUAGGUCAAUAUAUAUAUAUAUUCACCAAGGAAAAAUAUAAAACGCUUUUCUUAUAAUGUUUUGAAUAUUAAAUUAAACAUUAUUAAUCCGCAA